AUGUCAAGACUCUUCGUUUCAACGUACCAAGGCCGAAUAGCGACUCUUACAUUCGACCCGGAGGCGGCCCACCUAGAGGAGAUCGCCAGCACAGAAGACUCCGGCGACCGUCCGACUUGGCUGUCGUUAGACCACAAGCGCAGGAUACUCUACACCACAGAUGGGGGAAGCCGUGGCUCCCUGAAGUCUUUCGCCAUUCAAAAUGACGGUAGUCUUCACCUGCUGGACAGCAUCGGUAUUCCAAAAGGACCGGCUUCGCAGACUCUCCUCCAUGAUGGCCAGCGAAUGACAGUGCCAUUUUAUUACUCAGGCUCAAUCGUAACGUACGACCUCGAAGAUCCAUCCGAUUUGAAAGUGCUCCAGGAGAUAUCGUUCCCGAAUGCUAGCGCAGGUCCAGGGCGUAGACAAGAUCAAUCCAGGCCUCAUAAUACCACCACAGACGCAACAGGACGCUUCAUGGUCAUAGCAGAUCUGGGGGCAGAUAUCGUUCGAGUCUUCAGCAUCGAUGAUUCGAACACACCACUGCGGGAGAUCAGCGGUCUUCACCUGCCCAGACCGACAUUCCCAAGGCAGGUCGCUUUUGUGAGGCUGCCACAUGGCGUGCACAUGUACAUCCUGUGCGAGGACAGUAAUCGCCUGCUGGGUUUCAAAGUCGAUUAUCAGCUCGGCGGCGAGAUGGACUUCACCCCGGUCCAAGAUGUCAAUGUUCUGGUGAGAGAGGACGGAAGUGUGAUUUCGCUGUGGAAAGACCCUUCGACGCCUUCACAUGGAUGGUACCCCAAGGCCUCGCAUAUUGCUGUUUCGCCAGAUAACAAAUUCAUCAUCGUCUCGCUGCGGGGCGACUACUCGCACCGCGGGACCUCACCUGAAGAGACAGUCUGUGAUAGCCUCGUUUCGUACGCCAUUGACCCAGAUACCGGCAUCUUGACAAUUGCAGACUCUGCGAGUAGCGGUGGAAACAUACCCCGGCAUUUCGCGCUGAACAAAGCGGGAGAUCUUGUCGCCGUCGUAGCACAGCGCAAUGGCUGGAUAUCGGUUCUGAAUCGCGAUCCUGGUACGGGCAAGAUAGGGGGCGUGGUGGCUGUCAAAGAUGGGUUUGGAGGAGAUUUUACGGGAUUCCAUGGAAGUCUUCGAGGUCCUGUCAACGUUGUUUGGGACGAGUAA